ACUUUCCUAAUCAGCAACAACAAGACAGAAUAAGCGGUCAAAAUGCCCCAGAACGAGUACAUCGAGCGCUGGACCAAGCUGCACGGCAAGCGGCUCGACCACGACGAGCGCAAGCGGAAGCGCCUCGCCCGCGAAGGCCAUGAAGCAUCCUACAAAGCACAGAACCUGCGGGGUCUUCGCGCAAAACAAUAUGCGGAGAAGCGGCGGAAGGAGAAGAUCCAGAUGAAGAAGCAGAUCCGCGCGCACGAAGAGCGAAAUGUGAAGACGAGCGAGCCUGCCGAACCUGCGACCGAGGCGCUGCCGCAGUAUUUGCUCGAUCGGAGUAAUGAGAAGAAUGCGAAGGCGCUGAGCAGUGCGAUUAAGCAAAAGAGAAAUGAGAAAGCUGCAAGGUUUAGUGUGCCUUUGCCGAAGGUGAAGGGGAUAAGUGAGGAGGAGAUGUUUUCAGUGGUUAAGACAGGAAAGAAGACGAAGAAGAAGAGCUGGAAGCGCAUGAUCACAAAACCAACCUUCGUCGGGCCCGGAUUCACGCGCAGACCAGUCAAAUAUGAGCGUUUUAUCCGUCCCAUGGGAUUGCGCUAUAAGAAGGCCAACGUCACACAUCCCGAACUAGGUGUCACCGUCCAGCUACCAAUCAUCUCGGUCAAAAAAAACCCUCAGAAUCCGAUGUACACACAACUCGGAGUCCUAACCAAGGGCACAAUCAUAGAAGUCAACGUCUCGGAGCUGGGUCUAGUGACGGCUGGAGGCAAGGUCGUGUGGGGAAGAUAUGCCCAGAUCACCAACAACCCGGAGAACGAUGGGUGUCUGAACGCGGUGCUGCUGGUCUGAGGGAGCUUAAAUGGUGGCCGGAGAGAGACAACACUGCAUCACCGAGGCGUUGGCGGGAAAAAUGGGAAUUCGGAUCCUAGGCGUUCUGGCGAUGAAUUUACAUCCCGCUCUGGGCUCUAUGUAGCUGUGGGCGCGGAAACUAGGUGGAUAACGCAGAAGCACAGAGAAAGAAUAUGAUACCAAAGUUCAAAAUCGC